UCCCAAUCGGCUGCCAUCCGAGGAGCUGAGGAAGCCUAGAGCUCUCAGGAGCAGUCCUUUGAGCUGGCGUAGGGGCACUCAGAAUGGUCCAGCGUUUGACAUACCGACGUAGGCUUUCCUACAAUACAGCCUCUAACAGAACUAGGCUGUCCCGAACCCCCGGUAAUAGAAUUGUUUACCUUUAUACCAAGAAGGUUGGGAAAGCACCAAAAUCUGCAUGUGGUGUGUGCCCACGCAGACUUCGAGGGGUUCGUGCUGUAAGACCUAAAGUUCUUAUGAGAUUGUCCAAAACAAAGAAACGUGUCAGCAGGGCCUAUGGUGGUUCCAUGUGUGCUAAAUGUGUUCGUGACAGGAUCAAGCGUGCUUUCCUUAUCGAGGAGCAGAAAAUCGUUGCGAAAGUCUUGAAGGCACAAGCACAGAGUCAGAAAGCUAAAUAAAAAAAUGAAACUUUUUUGAGUAAUAAAAAUGAAAAGACUUGCUGUAAAAAAAAAAAAAAAAG